CUCGAAUUGGAUACUGAGUCUAAUAAUGCCUCCUCUCGGAGCUGGACUUACUUUCCUCCUUCGAUGAUACUCACGCCUUACUCAACGGAACCUCGAUCUCCAGCCCACAUCAGAUCAAGUUGCUGGCAUGCCUUGCCUUGCCUUUCUUUCACGCCCCGUUAAAGUUCAUGACACGUUCCCUUUAUGAUUUAUCAAAAAGCCUUGGUAGACAUGAAAUGGAGUGUGGAAGGAUACAUACACCCUCGAAGGGAUAACUUCCAUCCCUUGCUUUCGAAUCAAUAAGUAAUAUUCAGUAGCUCAACCUGAGAAUGGAAUGUGAGACUUAAUAUUUUAUCAAGGAUUCGAACUUGUUCUAUAAGGAAGCGCUUCUGCUCCUGUUCGUUCAUACACUGGAUACAUUUCGGACGCUACGAUCUCAUGUCACUCGAUGGUGUUGAGAAUGCACUCCCUCAAGGUGGUUCUACUCUUCUUCUACAGCAUAAACUUUGUCUCUGCCAGGCGCGAGGACUUUUGGGAGCCGGAAGUCGUUGAAUAUGCAGCAUCAUGUACUACCUCUACUCUCUCUUGUCUCCAAGACAAAUUGGCAUCAUUGAAACACCACCAAACAGGCUUUUGCGCCGCUUAUACAGCCGCAGUCCACACCGAAUCCAAAGGUAUCCCUCCUAUUCUGGGCCUCUGCGGCACUGGAGUCGCCAACUUCCACGAGAGAGCUAGUAGUGCUUGUUCAUGUUUUAUUACAAAGGAGACAGCUCCUCCACACGCGCAUAUCACAGAUUAUCCUGCUCCUCCUGGCACUGUUUGGGUGGCUUAUGAGUAUAAAUUUCUUCCAAAGAUGCCAUCGCUAUCUAUGACUUGGCCUGUGGGUCCUUCAUUCGAGGGUAUGGACCUUCUUGAGUACAUGUCGAAUUGUCGGGAUUUCACUCCAAAUUUCGAGAUGCAUGUUUUACACGAUGAUGGAACUGAAAUACAAUGCAUGUCAUUUCAUUAU